AUGGAAGCAAUAUCCGGGGGUACAAGUAUUCUCUUAGUCAGAUACCCAUCAUCAAGCUUCCACAUUCAUCGUUGCAUUGUGUGCCCACAGUCGCCAUCUUUCGACAAGGCUGCAAAUGGUACUUUUAAAAAUACUGUAUCAGCGAUUACGGAUGAUCACGCUGGGAAAAGUGAUACUGCUGCGGAGGAUGAUUCUGUGAUCCAAGAGGGAAUAUCACCAACGGAGCAUACAUCCAAAAAGAAGUUGGACUCCAACAUGAGAAAGGACUGGGACGACUGCGGAUCUCUCGCAAUUACCAGCGAUGUCUAUGGGUCCCAGUGUCCGCCAAGAUCAGACCUACAAGAAAUCCUUAUAAGAUUCGCCCUUCCACAUCUCGGUACGCUCAAGGGAUCUCGUCAAUCCGAUGAAGUCCGAAAGGAUCAUUCAGAGUUUGAGUACGAGGUAUCUACUGCUUUGACAGAAAGACUUGUCGAAAUGGAGAAGACACCAUGGUAG